AUGGCUGAAGUAAAUCAUUCUACAGUGUCUGAGUUUGUGCUGUUGGGACUUUGUGAUUCCUGGGAACUUGAGAUUUUCUUUUUUAUUUUGAUCUUGGUGAUCUACUUGAUCACUGUUUUAGGUAAUAUUUUCAUUGUUAUUUUAGUUAUCAUUGAUCCCCAUCUUCAUUCCCCCAUGUACUUCCUGUUGGCCAAUCUCUCUUUUAUUGAUUUGUGGCUUUCCUCAGUCACUACUCCAAAGAUGAUCACAGACUUGCUCAUGGAAAAUAAAACCAUUUUCUUUGGAGGCUGCAUGUGUCAGAUCUUCUUUGUGCAUUUUAUUGGAGGGGGUGAGAUGGUGCUGCUUGUGGCCAUGGCCUAUGACCGCUAUGUAGCCAUAUGCAAACCACUCUAUUAUAUAACCAUCAUGAGCCAAAGAAAAUGCAUUUGUCUUGUAAUGAUUUCAUGGACUAUUGGAUUUGUGCACUCUUUAAGUGAAUUGGUUGUGAUUAUGGAGCUGCCUUUCUGUGGUCCUAGAGUAGUAAAUAGUUUUUUCUGUGACAUUCCUCUGGUGAUUGAGCUUUCCUGCAUCGAUUCCCACUCCCUUGGAAUCUUAUUGAAUUCUGAUAGUGGUGUUCUUGCUAUGACAUGCUUCAUUAUCUUACUGAUCUCCUAUACUUACAUCCUAUUCACAGUUUGCCAUCAUUCCAAACGUGGGGCAUCCAAGGCCCUCUCCACUUGCACUGCUCAUAUCAUAGUGGUAGUGUUAUUUUUUGGACCCUGUAUCUUUAUCUAUGUGUGGCCACUUAACAUAACAUCAGUGGACAAAUUUCUUGCUGUGUUUUACUUAGUCAUCACACCUCUCCUGAAUCCAGCCAUUUAUACAUUUAGAAACAAAGAGAUGAAAGUUUCUCUGAGAAAAUUUAAAAGUCAGUAUGUAGUCCUAGGUGUAAUUUGUAAGUUUUGUAAUAGGUAG